AUGGGAAUCGAUAUUCCUGGGGGCUACACCAGAAUAGAGACACCUCAAAUGGUAGUCAUAACAUUUGAUGACGCCAGCAAUUGGGAGAAUUGGGAUUAUUACCGCUAUCUUUUCCCGCUAGAUGGGAGUCGUGUGAAUCCAAACGGGUGUCCGAUCGCCAUGACGGUCUUCGUGUCAAAUAAUUAUACAGAACUUCACGCCCGGGGAAUGGAAAUAGCCGAUCACAGCUACACUCACAAGAAUUAUAGAACCAAUCGAGCCCCCUACCACGUCAACCUCCACUCGUCAUGGUUUAAGCAGGAUUUUAAUCUUAAGGCUAUGGAUAAAUUUAUCCAACAUCUGCUGACGAUGGAUGACGUGUACAUCACAACCGUUACCAAGACUUUAGAGUGGGUCAAACAUCCGACUCCAUUAUCACAACUAAAGGACUUCGACCCGUGGAAAUGUAAUUACAAGUCGAAUCAAGAGGAUGACGCCAUUUGCUGGGUGGAAACGUAA